AUGGUAGUAAGUAAGAAUAGCAGUUCAAGGGAUCCCCUUCUUUUUGAUAUAAGGUUACAAAGCACAGAGGAUGGUAUCAUUUUACUGAAGGGAUCACCAGAGGAGGCCUCAUCCAUAUUUCUUUCUGGGACAAUAGUGGUUUCUGUUCAGCAGCCUAUAUAUAUCAAAAACUUGACGUUAAGACUUAAUGGGAGAAUAUUGAUGCAUGUUCCAAUAACUACCAAUACUCCAAAGGGAUCAUACACUAGAUAUACCAAAUUUCAAAAACGAUUUUACCACCAUCAAUGGGAUGAUUUUAACAUUAAAAACUAUUUUGCUAAUCUGUAUGACAAUUACGGCAAGGCUGCCAUUGAAAGUGAAAGUAAUGUAUCUAAGGAGGAACGGAAAGCUACAGAGAAUUUGCUGAAAAGAAAGAGAGCCAAAUCAACAAACUCCAUUCUUUCAUUCACAGGGACUUCCUCGAACGCAAGUUCAAAUUAUCAUACACUUGUAAGGGGAAACUACGAGUUUCCAUUCACAGCAAUUUUACCAGGCUCCCUAACAGAAAGUGUUGAAGGUCAUCCGAAUGCUACAGUCAUGUACUAUCUAGAAGCAGUUAUAGAAAGGCCAAAACAAUCGGACCUGAUUUCUAAGAAGCAUUUAAGAGUGAUAAGAACACUAAGGCCUGAUGCAUUAGAAUUGACUGAAACCAUUUCAGUAGAUAAUACAUGGCCGGAGAAGGUGGAAUAUUCAAUUAGUAUACCAUCAAAAGCUGUUCCGAUUGGCUCAAGUAGCCCCAUUGAUAUUUCAAUUACACCAUUGAUGAAAGGGUUAAAGUUGGGUCCUGUGAAAGUUCAGCUAGUAGAGGUUGGUCAAUUGUGCAGUGCCACUGGUGUCUCUUCAUUAGAUGAUAGACUGGUGAGUAAAACCAAGAUAAAAGAUCCUUUUGGGCACUUAGCAAAAUUACGUAAGAAGAAGUAUACUGCAAAGAGUUUAACUGAUCCUAAUUUUAACACCGGUUCUGAUGAUGAUUCCGAUAUGGAUUUCCAAGAUAAAUGGGAUAUUAAUACAACAAUUGAAAUACCUCCAAAUUUGCUGGCUUGUGUUCAAGAUUGUACGGUCCUGAAUAAUGUAAAAAUUCGUCAUAAAUUAAAGUUUGUCAUCUGUUUAAUUAAUCCAGAUGGGCAUAUGUCUGAAUUAAGAGCAUCCUUGCCUAUUCAAUUGUUUAUAUCCCCUUUUGUUCCAAUCAAGACCAAGUCUCCCGAAGCGAUAGAGAGAGACAUUAAACUAUAUGGUACUAAUUAUGCAAAUGGUUCUUGUAGACCCACAAUAACGAUCGGUAGGUCUUCUGGAAAUAAUAGUCCUAUAAUACAACAGGAAAGCACUUUUUCAAAUAAUGACAAUUCUGGUGCCUCAGAGAAUGAAGAUCUAAUAUUUUCGAAAUCACUUUCCGCAGUUGAGUUAUCCAGUAUGAAUGUCAAUACCAGUGAGUCAGUUUCAUCUCUAAAUGGUCUCAUGGUUCCUCCAAAUUAUGCAAAUCAUGUGUACGACCGAUUAUGGAAUGGUAGAAUGUCGCCUGUUGAUGUGGUUCAAAAGGACACUGAACCCAGUUUUUCACCAGAUAAUCGAUCAGGGUAUUCUACCCCUGUUGCCAAUAGAAACAAUUUUAAUGUAGAACAACUUCAGGGAAGCUUGCAAAAUCUAGUUAUAGAAAAUGAACAAGAGGGAACCAAUGAAAAUGAAACCCAACAAUUGACUGCUAUUCAACAAGAUAUGUUGUUGGCAAGUCCUUCGUUGGAACCGGACUAUGUACAUAUUUCUAGAAGUGCUUCUUUUAGUAGAUUAGCAUCAUCUGCAUCUUUGAAAAGCGACUGGCAAGUAAAGGAUUUAACUAGUGUACCAUCGUAUGAUAGAGCUAUGAAAUCGGAUUUGGUGGGUGAUGAUCUGCCACCAGCUUACCCAGAUGAGGACAAUCAAGACUCGAAGGAUGCUAUUGUCCUUGAGAGACCACAAUUUAUACAUCAAAAAUCGAACUCUUCUCUUAACGUUCCUGGAAGAAGAUAUUCGCAUAAUUUUAGCAGGAGUAAUAAUAGUUCUAGCACUUCCUUAAAUAAUCUCUCAAUGGCAACAUCCGGGUAUGGUCAAAACUUAGGAGUCAAUAAUUACAAUAAGGGGAGCACAGCAAGUAAAAAAUUUGCCUUCGAAAUGACACCAGUUGAUAGUAACCACAACUUUGAAGAAAGCCAUUCCUCCAUACCUAUGGAGCGGGCAUCAUCGAGGGCAAGCCUGAACUCUAAUCAUAGAUCUGGUUCUUUUGCAAGUUUGGUUGAACUAUUUACCAAGAAGAGGUAA